AUGCGACUUUCUUCCCAGACUGAACUGACCUGGAUGCACAACAUGCACAGCAGCACUGCAGAAACUCCACAGACAGCUGGAACGUGUAAUGAGACGCUGCCCACGCAGUCACCAAGCUCCGAGUUUUCACUGGGCGUGUUGGUGCUGCUGGCUUUCCUCAUGGUGUUGCUAGCCCUGGUCACCAUCCUCGGAAACGUCCUGGUGAUCCUUGCUUUCAUCAUGGACAGAAACCUCAGGCAUCGGAGUAACUACUUCUUUCUCAAUCUUGCUAUUUCUGACUUUGCAGUGGGUGCAUUCUGUAUGCCUCUCUACAUCCCUUAUGCCCUGACAGGGACUUGGCACUUGGGAAGAGGUGUCUGCAAGCUCUGGCUAAUUAUGGACUAUCUCCUGUGCACAGCUUCAGUGUUUAGCAUUGUCCUUAUCAGCUACGACCGUUUCCUGUCAGUUACAAAAGCUGUAUCUUACAGAGCCCAGCAAGGAGUAACAUCCAACCCUGUCGUCAAGAUGGUGGCCAUCUGGGUCUUUGCCUUCAUCCUCUACUGCCCAGCAAUCCUCUUUUGGGAGCACGUGGCCGGACACAGCGUGGUAGAAGCAGACCAGUGCUACGCCGAGUUCUUCAACAACUGGUACUUCCUCCUGUGCGCGUCCACCCUGGAGUUCUUCGUGCCGCUGCUCUCGGUGACCUACUUCAAUGUGCACAUCUUCCACAACAUCCAGAGGCGCCAGCGGCGUGGCAGCACGCAGGACUGCGAGCCUCCAAGGAGCGGCAGCCUGUCCUGGAGGUUUUGCUUCUUGCCAAGGCCAGGAGCAUCUUCUCCUCCAUCGACAGCAGAGGACAGUGUUUCAUCAUUAACAGGAUCAGGUAGACCCGCAGUCAUGGCUAACUGUCCAUCUCCAACACAAAUCAGUACCACGGCUCUCAAAAGGGACUUUUCUGUUUCUUUCCCUUCAAGGACUGGGUCAAAACUGCAUCGGGACAAGAAAAUAGCGAAGUCACUUGCCAUAAUUGUGUGUGUCUUUGCCAUUUGCUGGGCCCCAUACACUUUACUAAUGAUUAUUCGUGGGGCCUGCAAAGGAAAGUGCAUCCACAAUUCCUUGUAUGAAAUAACCUUUUGGCUUUUGUGGAUCAAUUCGUCACUGAACCCAUUUCUUUACCCUCUCUGUCAUAUGAGGUUUCGAAUGGCAUUCAUGAAAAUAUUAUGUCCCAAAAAGUUUGCAACAUUGAGAUCACAUAACACACUAUCUCUUUAGAGGGUUGAAAAAUGACUCACAGAUAAGGUUCCUCUCUUAUUUAGUGCUAUUUUUGCAUAUGUAUCUUCAACUGAAAUAGACAAAAACUUUUACUAAUGGCAUUGGUGAAGAAUGCAGGAGAGGUAUGUAUUUGCCAUGAUUUUGCUAGUUUUCAGGAUCUUGUUUUUGUUUUUGCUAGUGUGAUGCCACCAUCUAGCUCAUUGAAAAGAAAAACAAGUUUUGCUGGAUGUCCUUCUUCAUUUGUGGGUUUGAGGUACUUUUUUUUUUUUUUUUUUUUUUU